AUGUUGAAGAAGAAGGAACAUCAGUCAGUGGUGCAGUUCUGCCUCGAGCUAGAGCUUCUGUCAUCGAAAGCAUACUCGAGCUGCGAUGAAGUAGCCCUUGCACUUAUUCGAGCAGAAGUGUUGCACGAGCAGCUCCGUGAGUGGCCGGAGGCGUACCACUUGUAUGAAAUCCUAACCAAUGAAGAAGGGUAUCACUUCUAUGAACGUAUGAAGGACGCUGCAUUGAGCAUCGAGCACUUGCGCAAGAGACGAUAUGACUUCAGUGAGAAGAAGGUGGAUAAACCAGACCUAAAACAGCAAACAACUUCAACGGAAGUCCCUUACUUCGACUCCGGUCGUAGGAGUAAGGUCCUCAGUGCGACACAAAAUCGCAAGUUCAAGGAACAGCAACCAAAGAUGGUUGAGAAGACACCCAUUACAGUCAAAUGUGCAAAAUGUGGCAAGAAAGGACACAGCACAGAAGAGUGUCGGUCGAAAAAGGACAAAAGAGAGGCAGGUAAUUCGUUCAGUGCCACGCUGAAAUGGUGGUCCUGCAGCGCAAGCACGCCAGGCACGAAGGUGUGUAACCUAACAGGCAUGAAACAUAUGGUCAAGCUGCAGUGUCUGGGGUUAAAGCUCCUGGCUAUGAUCGACACUGGAUCGCAGCUAACUAUUAAGCCGCUAAGCUUCCUGCUUAAAGCGGAAAAAGCAGGAGCAGAUGUCGACACCGUCUGUAAAAAGGUGAAAGCCCGAGGUAUGGAAGUUUUCGACGCUUCAGGAAACCUGAUGAGCUUCGUAGGGUGCAAGAAGACAGAGCUGAAACUCCUUGGAGGAAGAACAAGCUUUGUCCAGAUGGACGUAAAGCGACUCAAAUAUGAAGUCUUGCAACAAGGAACACACGCUUCAGAGGCACUCUGGAUAAAAAUACUGUUCUUAUCUCGAAAUGAAACACAAACGGAUUGUGACAAGACGGAGGGCGCACAGUGA